AUGCUUUUCCUAUCUCUCACUCCCCAUAUCCGUCUCCUUCACUCUUUCUGCCUCUCCUCUACCCUCUCUCCCUCUCUCCCUUUCAUUCCCACCAUUCAUUCCUCUUUCUCUCCUUCCUUCUCACUCGUUCCAUUUCUUUUUCCCUUUCCAUUUUCCUCUCUGUUUUCGCAUUCUGUAUUACAAGACGGAGGAACCGCGGGUGGAAGUAGAAGUGGAGGCUUGAAAGAUUGCCAGUCUCAGGGGGUUGCUGGGGUUCGCUUGGUCUCCGGACAAGGCACAGGAAGCGGGCCAAGUGGAGGAGCAGUUGUCGCCGCUGGUGGCAGUGGCGGCGGCGCGGGCAGUAGUGCUGGUGCCGGGGUCGGUGGAAUAUGGGGCAAACCGGCCAUCCCGACGAGUGGAGUUGGUGUCGUUCUGACGGGUCGGCCGAAUCGGCAACGGGCGGCGCACAGUUGCCUGAUUUCACCGGCCGACGUGGCAGAACGUGUGGCUCGUAGGUUUCCACCCGAACUGGCCAGUCUGGAUGAGCAGAAGCGGUGUUGGUGUGUGUAUGGACGGGCCGGAUAUGUGGACAGCAUUAUUCGACUGACGGCGCACACAAUUUGUGUGCACGCAGGCAACCAAUACACGCAACCGGGCCUCCGAGAAGCCGUGAUUAACCGUUUCUGGAAGCCACGACCAGGCAGUGCAAUCACUCUUGCCCAGCGGCGUAUGGUCAUAGCCACGACUCGAUUUGCCUCUACUCGUGCCUCGUUCUGUGGUGGCCAUGCCGCCAAGCAUUUCAUGCCUCCAAAAGGUGGACAGAAAUCGCUAGACAACCUCGUCCACUCGGCCCGUGACGACAGCCGCGUGUUGCACAGCGCUCGUCAACCUCAAGAUCUGGGCUCCGAGCAAGCGCUCGCUUUCUUCCUCACCCAUUUCCUCGAUGUCUUCGAGGACAUAGUCACUCGGUAUGAGAAGCGCUUCAACCCUCUCAGUCCCGGCCUUGGCGGUUUAACCGGCACCGGACUGGCCUACAAACCCUCUGAUGGAAGCCGGUCACGUCGAAGACAAUUUGCUCCCGAGGAGGUGAACAGUCUCGACGAGACUUCACUCAGCUUCAGCGAAGUGGACAUCCUCCUUCCGACGGGUAUGCAGGGUUCCAGCCCCCGAGGCCGGUCAUCAAUGUGUGACGCCGAUUUACAGAGUCUGACAGCCUUGACGGAGGCUUCCAGAGGUGGCGGCGGUGGGAGAAACAGUGUGACGCGACAGUUCGACAACGAGGCAGAGGAUGAGGCAGCCCAAAUGGAGCUGUAUCGGCGCGGUGGUCGGAAGCGGUUGUCUAUCGUGAACCAGCCUCUUCAACUGACCGGUGUCAUGGCAACCACUGCCGGCCUCUCGGUUUCCGAGACGGUGGGUGGCUCGCAUCGCAACUUCGACUCUGAUGAUACGACGCAUCCUCACCAAAUGCGUCGUCUCUCGGCUAGCAGCAUUCGACAGACGACCGGUCGACUCAGCCUCGGUGAGCCAGCCAGCCCCCUCUCUUCGGUGAUUCGGAUCGGCAGUGCUAUCAGCAGUCCAGGACUCACGUCCGUUCGGGGCACAACGAGAUCGAGCAGCCAGGAAGGCCUGUCCGGAUCAGCUCCCUUCAUGAUCGGUCCUGGACGAGGCAGCUGCCGACUGCACCGCAGUAGCCUGUCGGGCCAGCCAGCUAGCUCGAUGACCCGAGGCCAUCCGGCCGGGAAGACCAAGGGCAGGCAAAAGAACAUCUUCGACAUGUAUGCGCCGGGUCUGAUUCGCACAUCGUCAAAUGUGAGCCCUUCGUGGCAUAGGGAAGAGGGGGAAAAAGCUUGGAAACAAAUAGGAGAUGAAGGGCGAGGCGUGUAA